AUGGUAGACUCGGAGACAAAUGGAUCCAAGCAGGAUCAGCAUCGCAAGUGUCGGAUAGUUCCCAAUAUAAUCGACGAUAUCGCGGGGGUGGAUCCUGGGAGGGAGGCGUUCCUUGUACCGCGCUCCGACAACCCCAAGGAUGGUUGGAAAUCCAUUACGUUUAAAGAGUAUGCGAACGCCGUAAACCGCAUCGCGCACAGGAUCGUCGAGACAUGCGGCACUCCAUCGCAGGGUUCUUUCCCUACAAUAGCCUAUGUCGGUCCAAACGACGCUCGUUAUGUCAUAUUACUAGUUGGCGCCGUCAAGGCCGGCUACAAGGCUUUGUUUAUCUCUCCCCGUAAUUCUCUCGAGGGACAGUUAAGUCUAUUUGAUAAGACGGACUGUCAAUUUCUCGCUUUUGCAAAACCACUACGAGGAUUAGUCCGUCCAUGGCUGCAAGAACGCGAAAUGAAGGCAAUCGAAGUAGACCCCGUCGAAACUUGGUUCCCUGAGCAAGAUGUCGAACCAUUCCCCUACGAGAAGACUUUCGAGCAAGCUGAAUGGGAUCCGUUGGUAGUGCUUCAUACUAGCGGAAGCACUGGAAUCCCGAAGCCGGUUGUUAUCAGGCAGGGUCUGAUAGCUAUGAAUGAUAUUCAUAAUGACUUACCUACAUUCGGUAAUGGAUUCGAACCUUGGCUACGAGGGCUUGCAAAGGCAUCGCGCAAAACAUUUUCACCUAUGCCCCUUUUCCAUGCGGCCGGAUUAUAUCUCUUCAUCUACUCCGUAUUAUACUUUGACACACCGAUCGCCUUAGGUGUCAGUGAUCGCCCCUUAUCAAUUGACUUGGUCGUCGAGUGUCUCGAUAAUCUAGAUGUCGAGGGGGCUAUGCUUCCGCCAACGAUGCUAGAAGAGAUGAGUCAGAAUGACGAGUGGAUUCGACCGCUGAUGAAGCUUAAAAUUGUUGCUUUCGGCGGAGGAAAUCUUAACAAAGAGGCCGGGGACAGAUUAACCAAGAAGGGAAUAAGACUUGUCAAUGUAAUCGGUGCUACGGAAUAUACGAUACACCAGAUGUACUUUCAGCCGAACCCUGAGCUCUGGCAAUAUUUCAUAUUCAAUUCCGAUAUAAUCGGAGCGGAUUGGCGCAAGGCCGAAGGUACCGAGGACGUCUAUCGACUAGUAAUUGUCCGAAAAGAUAAGCAUCCAGGUCUUCAGGGUGUUUUCUAUACUUUCCCGGAGGCCGACGAGUUCGAUACUAAGGACAUGUACAAGCGUCAUCCAACUCUCCCGGAUCAUUGGAUAUACUACGGCAGAUCUGACAAUAUCAUUGUGUUUUCUAACGGAGAAAAGCUUAAUCCAGUGACCAUCGAGGAGAUUGUUGUCGAUCAUCCCGGAAUCAAGGGCGCUUUGGUAGUCGGCUCAGACCACUUCCAAGCUGGUCUCCUUCUCGAACCCGUGAUAAAUCCUAAAAACGAUCAAGAAGCCGAGCAGCUGCUUGAUAGUGUCUGGCCAUAUGUUGCUGAAGCAAAUAGAGGAACUGCCGCCUACGGACAGAUCGCACGCCAAUUCAUCGCAUUGGCUAGCCCAGACAAGCCGUUUCACCGCGCUGGCAAGGGAACUGUACAACGAGCAAGCACGCUGAAGUUGUAUAAGGAAGAGAUCGAUAAACUUUACGAAGAAGCAGACAAAGCUGUCGAUGGAGUUGCUCCCCAAAUUGAUAUGAAUUCUGAGGACGCACUGGCAGAAUCUAUAAAGGAUAUAUUCGGAACUAAACUUGGAUCUAAAGGGGAACUCGAACUGGACACCGAUUUUUUCUCGGCUGGUAUUGACUCUUUACAAGUUAUCAUUGCUACCCGACUCCUCCAUAGCGGACUGGAAGCUUCAGGUUUCCGCGUCGACGCAGCGAAGGUGCCUGCUCGUGUUAUUUAUGGUAAUCCCACACCGCGAAGACUUGCUCGGUAUAUCUAUUCUAUCGUGAACGAAGGUGACAAUGGGAACACCGAGAGAAGCCCGGACCACGAACUCCAGGCAAUGAAAUCUCUUUGGAAGAAGUAUACAGAAAACGUUCCGAGGAAGAGGGAAGGAAGACCUGACCCUGAAGAUGAGAAUCAGACGGUACUCCUCACUGGAUCCACGGGGAUGCUAGGGUCUUACAUGCUGGAUCUCCUUGUGAAGAGUCCAUUGGUGAAGAAAGUUAUCUGCUUGAAUAGAGCUGAGGAUGGUGGUAUCAAACGUCAGGGACAAGCUGCUAAGGACCGAGGUCUCAGUACCGAUUUUACAUCCAAAGCCGAAUUCUUACAUGCUGACAUGUCACGCCCGGACUUUGGACUUCCUCCCGAUGUAUAUGGUUGGCUACUAAACGAGGCGGACCGCUUUAUUCACAAUGCGUGGCCAGUCAACUUUAAUAUUCCUGUUGAAUCCUUCGAGCCUCAUAUUCGAGGUGUCCGGAAUGUUGCUGAUUUCGCGACCAACUCAUCUAAGCGCGUGGCUGUCGUGUUUAUAUCGUCGAUCGGCACCGCAGACAAUUGGGAUGGCAAAAAGGGGACGAUACCGGAACAAAGGCUUGAAGAUCUAGGGCUCGCAGGAGGCGGCUACGGGCGUAGCAAAAUGGUGGCGAGCCUUAUUCUAGAUGACGUUGCGAAAGUUGGUGAUUUCCCAGCUGCGAUAAUCCGAGUCGGACAAAUCGCCGGCCCCGAGUCAGAGGCAGGCUGCUGGAAUAAACACGAAUGGCUCCCUUCUAUUAUUGCGAGCAGCUUAUACCUCGGAGCUCUUCCAAUCCACCUCGGAAUUAUGGACCGCGUCGACUGGACGCCAGCUGAACGUAUUGCGAACUUGGUUCUUGAGGUCGCCGGGGUGUCUCAGAAGGUUGCCGCUCAAAAUAUCACUGGUUACUAUCACGGUGUUAAUCCCUCGGCUACAUCGUGGGCAGAGCUUGCUUUGGCUAUCCAGGAAUUCUACGGGAAAGAUCGUAUUCCGGAACUCAUUAGCUUUAAGGAUUGGGUUGACCGACUAGAGCAGAGCCAGGCAGGUGAUGCUCAAGAUAUAGGCAAGAACCCAGGUGUUAAGCUAAUUGAUUCAUAUCGAGGGAUGGCAGGCGCCCACAAAGCAGGCCAGAAGCCCUUUAUUUUCGAUAUGAGGCAUACGACAGAGCGUAGCCCAACCAUGAAGUCCGCUAAGCCAAUUACACCCGAGUUGAUGAAACAUUGGUGUAAGCAAUGGGGUUUCUAAGAAGAUGUAGUUGUCCAGCAACUAGAGUUAAGAGGGAUUUGUUCUCAUCCUUCGAGCACCUUAGGUAGUUAUAUAGGAGGCCUUAACGACCUAUAUAGAAUGAAUAAUUAGACGUUGAAUUAGAAAAUUGAUGAUACGUUACACUGCAUCUUAAGUUAUUUACUACUGCAUAAAUAAUACCGUUGCACCUCUUCAAGCCGUUGGUAAAAUAGUGACUUGAUUCGAGAGACUCUAGGUAAUACCUUUGUAUUUUACUUUGCGGUCUCUUAGGUAGUAACUUGGAUCUUACGGAAGUGGUCGGAAAUGGACAAGGUUGAUAGGUUAGUUUAAAAACCUGGAUUUCAAAAUAUUUGAAUUAAUCUCUUUCUUGCCUUGAGGAUGGGUGGUUUAUAUUAGAGUAGACAAGGCCAGUAAUGCUGUAGAGUAUGUAAAAGCGAGAGUCUCUAAAUGCGACGAGGAGGAGUGGGCC